UGUCUCCUGCAGACUUAUGCAAUGUAUGCAUGUGUGACUUUAUGUAAUUAUUCACUUCUGUCAGUGCAUUGUGUGUUAGUGUGAGCGAGUUGCUUAGGUAAUGAGGGAUUGAUGGGGUGAGAGAAGUUGUAUCUGUGUGUAUGGAUUUUAAGGUGUAUGUAUGUAUUUUUGUUCUGAUUUAAGCAGCUACUGUAAGUGUAUCUGCAGGAAGGGUGUGUGGGGAAGUCCAAACAUCUCACGCCCAUCCUGUUUGGGACAGUCCAUGUCCUGCUCUGCCCUUAGACCCGUACACAGGAACAAAUGUGUGUACACUAAUUUUUUUAUUCUGUGUUGUACUUGACAGGAGACUGUUGGAGGAGGUCAGGCAGAUUGCCACAAUCAGAAUGCACCCUCUUUAAUUCAAGGAAGUGAAGCAUGGCAUAGACACAUCAACAAGUAUGGAAUCCCCACCAGAGAUUAUGCUGGCUCUUUCAUGUGAGCCUCCAUUGUCUCCUUCCUCUAUGCCGUCUCUGGACCACAGUCCCCAAUUCCUACCCCAAAGUCCUCAAUCUACUCCUUUUAGCCCUCAAACUGAACUCUAUGCUCCAGUAUCACCAUGCCCCCUUCCAGAGGCCAGCCUCCAAGAUGAGGAGGAGGAUGAGGAGCUGUCAACGCCCCCAUCACCCACCCCAGCGGUGGCGCUGUUUCCUAGUGAAUUGGAGCUUGGCAGUCCUUCAUCAGACACCAGUCCUUCAGCAACACCAUUAGCACCUUUUCCGGGUUUUGGAGUUCUGGAACAGGCAAUCUCCUCUGGUCAAAGUACCACCUGUGAUGAUGAGUUGGAUCUUCAGCUUUUUAACAAUGAUGGCAUGGCUUUCCCUGGAGGGACAAGCUCUGGGCCUGGCCUAAGGUUCCCAUGCCAUGUGUGUGGAAAGAGGUUCCGCUUCCAGAGUAUUUUGUCUCUGCAUGCUCGGGCACACAGUUUAGACAGGGAGCGUCGAGCUUCAGCUCCCUACCUGACCACACAUGCCAAACUGCAGCAGAACCAUGUGGGCGACAGUGUAAUCCAGACUCUCAACAACAGAGAGCUUGGGCUGAAACAGAGUCCAUUAUCUGGGUCAUUACAAAAGAGUAUAGAUGAAGACAUGGUUCCAGAGGAACCUCUUCAAACUGCAAGCAGCCCUCAGUUCCUUUUUGAAGAAAACACUGCCCUGACUCCACCUCUAACAGAGGAAGCACCAAUCUCAACCUCCUUCUCUCCACUCAGCCAAGCCCACUUGGAAGACAACACCCUCUCCACAGCUGCUUCUGCCUUCCGGUGUCAUGCCUGUAAGGGUAAGUUCCGUACAGCUUCAGAGUUGGCUCGUCAUGUGCGGAUCCUCCACAACCCCUACAAAUGUACAAUGUGUCCCUUCUCAGCCAGUCAGGAGGAAAGACUGGCUGCCCAUCUGCAGGAGAGCCACCCACCUGAGGAUCCUGCCACUGAAACGGUUUUCCCUUCUCCCCCUAUAACAACACCAACAGAGACUCCUCCCUCACAAAUUCCAGUUGUUCCAGCUUUCCGAUGCGAGACGUGCGGGCAGCGUUUUACUCAGUCCUGGUUUUUGAAGGGGCACAUGCGGAAGCACAAGGACUCAUUGGAUCACAAGUGCCAGGUGUGUGGUCGUGGCUUCAAGGAACCUUGGUUUCUAAAGAACCAUAUGAAGGUGCAUCUCAACAAGCUGGGCCUCAAAGCUGGAUUGGGAAAUCUGGGGCCAGCUGGAAAUGAGCAAUCGAAAGGUCCUGCAAGCACACAAGUGUUGGGGGCCCUGUAUACUAAUUUGCUCUUGGCUCGCAGUAUGACCAGUGGUGGUGGUUCAGGAAGUCGCACCGAGAGGUCAGAUGCCAGUGCAGGCUCAAGCAAAUCCUCUAUAUUGGGUUAUUUGGGCUUACCCAAAGACAACAGCAAUGGAAGUUGCAUGGAGCGCCUGCAGGCAGUGGCACAGGUUGCAGAAAUGGGUAAUGGUGGAGGACGGGGAGGUAACACAGCAGACGGAGAGGACAAGGCAGCCAUGUGGCAGCUGGUUGCUCGCAGUCUGGUAGCAGCACAGCACAACCAACAGCAGCAGCGAUCUCCUUCGCACCAUCAGCUUCCUUCCUCACGAGGCACAGUUGCUGGGGAAGCCAAACAGUUGAGGGCCUACCUAGGUGGAAUGGGUUCUAGAGAGGAGCUAGAGGGAUCUAGUCAACCUUGGGAGUGUCCAGAUUGCGGCAAGCUGUUCAGAAGCCUUCAGCAGGUGGUUGCUCAUUCCCGUGUUCAUGUCCAGAAACCACAGAAAGGUCAAAGUGCCAGAGCGGGCAUGUCCAGAGAUGAGGACAUUAUAAACAGUGUGAGUGGAGCUCAGGCAACAGGCGGAGUAGGAGGAGGACAAAGAACUAGUGAAAAUGAAGGAAGGCAGGAGGAAAAGCAAUUACCAUCAGGUGUUGGGACAGCUGGGAGCUUCCAUUCUGUCAUAUCACAUCUUUCUGGUCAGAAUGGUCUAAGGGGGUCAUCCUCUUCCACUUCAUCUUCAAGAGAGCGUGUUCGAGGAACAGGGAUAAAGGAUUGCCCCUACUGUGGUAAAGCCUUCCGGUCUUCCCAUCACCUUAAAGUGCACCUCCGUGUACACACAGGUGAGAGACCAUACAAAUGCCCACACUGUGAUUAUGCUGGCACCCAGUCUGGCUCUCUCAAGUACCACCUUCAGCGUCAUCAUCGUGAGCAAAGGAAUGCUAUGGCAACCACCACAAAUUCCCCAUCACCGAGCCUCCCCUCUCUGACUGGCUGUCCUCAUGAAGGGGUGAAAAAGCGCCGUCAUCCCUCCAUGUCUCAGUCUUCUUUUGGGAGGGUUCCUGGAGAGGCUCCUUCUUCAAGGCACAGUCAGUCAUGGGCUGCAAGCCUGCCAGAGAAGAAGGAGGGCACUGCUGCAUCUGGACAUCACAGAGAGGGAGAUGUGGAGAGUCAGUAUCUCAGUCUUUCGGGGAUGAUGGGUACACUAUUUGCCGGCGGUCUAGAACCAAGUUGGAUUGGAGAAGUGCCACCUCCAAAAAUGCCCAAAGUGUCUCGACGGAAACCCCUUACUACAAGCCGCAUGAUGUCAGCAAAUGGUUACCAGGGCGGGAUGCAGUCCAGUGGGUCCCAGGAAGGAAGCUUUGAACCUCUGGACCUUUCCCGCCGCCCUUUACAAGAUGAAGGGGGAGUGAGUAGCUCUGUCGGUGGACCAUCAGGUGUCUUUAAAGGAGGGAAUGACAUCCUCAGUCAAUGUGUCUUCUGUCCCUUCCGGACCUCUUCUGUUGAGCUUAUGGCCAUGCACCUUCAGGUUAAUCACACCAGCAAGUCUCGUCGCAAGAGAGGAGCCUCUCUCUCAUCCACCAAUCAUUCUACAAGGCUAACUUUGGCCGGUUCAGACCGCGAUUCCCUGGCUCUGUGGAAGUUCCUCGGUGCAGAGGAUGGAGUAGCAUCCCCUGAGAAUUGGGUUUUGUCAAAGGCAAGAGCUGAGAAUGGAGUUAGCCCAGAGAACCGGGACACAGAGGACAGUUUUGAACUGAACUCUGGAACUGUGGGAAGCGUCGGUGAGAAGGGACUUAAAAUGAGAGAGGAGCUGGAUGAGGAAGAUGAGGAAGUCGAUGAGGAGGAGGAUGACCUGGAAGGAAAUGGCUAUUUUGGAAGUGUACCCCAGAGUCAGAGCAGAAGGGCUAGGUCUGUUUCAUCAGACCUCGCUGCUGAGGAUCUGCCCAAGGAGGAGGAAGGCGUCUUGGGGAAAUAACAUCAGACAAGAACCCUGGAUGAGUUUGGACAUAGCAGCAGGAGACAAACAUUUGGGAAAUACAGUUGUCCAGGGUCCCUCAUAUUAUUCAAACCAAGGGCAGACCAGUCGCUAUGCUAACAUACUGUACAGUGUCAAAUAACCUGCAAAAUUAUUUAAAUCAGACAUUCCCCUUAAUAUAUUCCCCGAGCCCUCCUUGGUUAGUGAUCGAUUACCUCUACACAGACACAGAGAUAUCCAGUAUUGUAUGCUAGUCCAAGCCUGUCUCGGGGCCUUCUUGAACACUGUUCUCCUGUUCCUGUCUUCUUGUCAGUGAACGCAAUUCAUGCCAAGUUGUAUAUUAUUAACAAUUUCCUUGCUCCUGUGAAUCUUGCUUUCAUCUCAUCGAGGACCUGGAAUGUCAAUCUGGGAAGCCGGAAAAGCAAAAAAGAGACACUGCUCUUAAUCGCUACGAUAUACAGUAUUAAUGCUGCGAGAGACGGACAUCCUACUUCCACGUGAACUUGAUCUGACUGCACGUCUUCAGCAACAUAAGGAGUGGGCACACUUCUUACCAUGCACCUGCCAGACUCUGAACAGAAUGCUGUGAUAACUGAACGGUACUUGUGAAUCACCUCUAACAGAACAGGACAGAGUAAAGAGUAUAUUACCAGAUAUCCACACACUGCCAGUCUGCUCAGACGGGUCUUCUUCAGAUAUUAUAUCAAACAGAGAUUCUGCCUCUUCUAUAUGCUAUUUCUUUCAGUGCCUGUUGAUGUAAAAGGUUUUUUAGCUGAUUCAGUAACACAGGAAUAUAGUUACAGUGAAUAUAUACAGUAUAUAUGUGUAGUUGUGCUAGAGCGUUCUGUGACAAUAUGGUGGCAGUUUGUGUGACUAUGUCAGCUGUGAAUGAAACAAUGAAUGAGCCCAGAGCACCACAUGUGGGAACAGCUGGCCAUUUGACAAGGGCCCCAAGGAAGUGUUUACAUUACAGACACCAACAGGAUUUCCGUGUGGAAUCCAGACCACUGUUACUUUGGAAAUAUUUCAAAUUUCAGGGUUCAAAAUUUAUCACAAUCUAGAAAAUGGAGGCUCUGCAAUAUAUCCUAAAUAUUCCUGUGAUAUCUCAGAUUCUCAAACCACCCGAGAGAGGGAGGAAAGCGGGUCUCUAAACAUUCAAAAAACGUUUUUUUUUUUUUUUUAAACAUCAAAAACUGGAAAAAUAA